CGCGCCCACUGCCAGUCCAACAUAACGUAACGUCCGUAUGACGUCAGAAAGUACCGUUCUCGUUUGGCAAAAUGUGCCAUCAUCGGCGAGCGUGGGGAAAUAACUUCUGCAUAAAGCGCCAAAGAUGGACGAAAAAGACGAGAAUCAACCUAUUAAUGACCCGAAAAUGGACGAAAAAGACGAGAAUCAAUUCGUUGAAGACCCCAAAAUGGACGAAAAAUACGGGGAUCAGUUUACUCGAGUUUAUGUGGAAAGAACAUUGGCGAUCAUUAAACCUGACGCAAUCCACAAAAGUGAGGAGAUUGAGGACAUCAUCCUGACGUCGGGCUUCACUAUCCUGCAGAAGCGGAAACUUCAGCUGAGUCCAGAACAGUGCAGUGACUUCUACAUAGAACAUCAUGGAAGACUCAACUUCCCCAGACUGACUGCUUACAUGAGCUCUGGCCCAAUCCUUGCAUUGACUCUAGCUCGGGACAAUGCAAUCGCACUUUGGAAAUCUAUCAUCGGACCGGCUAAGGCCGCAGAAAUUCAUCCAGACUGCCUUCGAGCAAAAUAUGGCACUUCUGAGCUGCAGAAUGCACUCCAUGGCAGCGACUCAUUUCAUGAGGCUGAGCGAGAGAUCAAAUUCAUGUUCCCAAGCACUCUAACUGUUCCCACAAAAGAAGAAACGGAAGAAUACCUGAGUAAAUACGUGAACCAAACUUUGCUGCAAGGACUCACUGAGCUCUGCAAGCACAAACCUUUUAACCCCUGUGUUUGGCUUGCUGAUUGGCUCCUCAAAAAUAAUCCAAACAAGCCUCAAAUAUGUGACGGUGCUCUUGUCAAAGAAGAAGAAUAAUGCCUAGGAAGAAACAAGAAGAAAAUGUGAUUGCAGGAAAUGCAAAUUUAAUAAAAAUAUGUUGAAUGGUAUUGAAUUUGUACUUGAUUGUAGCCAAAUUGUAAGUAGAGUAUCAACAUGCAAAGAGAAGAAACAUACAAUUGACAGUGUCAUGUAUUGAAAACUGCACUUAAACCCAAACAGGCUGUUCAUCAGCUGGUUAAAAGUUCAAAAUCGUAGCCUUAAAAGAUCCAAAUUUGCACUAAAAAUCUGACUUUCAUGUCAUUUUAUGUCAAGUAUUCACCCUGUA